AUCAACGGUACUGGAAACAAACCUGGAGUGAUGCUGUCCGCCGAGGACUAACACGGCAAGUACGACUGUUUAUGCGCCGUUGUGCUCUGGCAGCCGUCACUGAUAUUUCUGACUCAGAGUAGAGUGACAGAAGAAUGAAGGACUUGCUGUCGGACUCGCCUCCCUUCACAGAUGUCUUGCUGAAGUGUUUCCUUUGCUAUUGUUUGAACUGUGUACUGUAAUAGCUUUGAGCUAACAUAUGGUGCACACUUGCCUUCUCCUGCGUUGUGCUCACACACAGUGGCCUGCAAAUAAAGGGACAACAUUAUUAGAAUAAAGCACCUUUUUGCACCAUCUCUGAGCACUCUUACUGCGUUUGAUUACAUUUUUUUGUAAGUUCUGGUCUUAACUGGCCCAAGCGUAAAGAAAUAUGGAGACCAACAUGGAAUACGUCGUGGAGCAGGUGAUGCAGAAAGACUUGGGGCGUCGACUGCAGGUUGGACAGGAGGUCAUAGACUACAUCCUGGACAGACAGAGGUCCCACGAUCUAGAGCACGAUCAGACCAUGUUGGACAGGAUGGUGGACAGCCUGGCAACUUCAUGGGUCAACUCCAGCAACUUCAAGGUGGCGCUACUGGGAAUGGACAUAGUAUCAGCUUUAGUAACCAGGUUACAGAGUCGUUUCAAAACUCAAAUUGGUACAGUCCUGCCUAGUUUAACGGAUCGUUUGGGCGAUGCCAAAGACCAGGUUCGAGACCAAGCCCAGGCUCUGCUGUUAAAAAUAAUGGACCAAGCUGCCAAUCCACAGUACGUGUGGGACCGAAUGCUGGGAGGCUUCAAACACAAGAACAACAGGACCAGAGAGGCCGUUUGCUUUUGCCUUAUUUCCACAUUAAAUAUAUAUGGAGCCCAGGGCCUGACUCUUAGCAAGAUUGUUCCCCAUAUAUGUAAUCUAUUAGGAGACCCCACAAGUCAGGUUCGAGAUGGAGCUAUGAAUUGUCUUGUGGAGAUUUACAGACAUGUUGGGGAAAGGGUGCGGAUGGAUCUUGGAAAAAAAGGAUUGCCACAGUCACGGUUGAAUGUAAUUUUUAGCAGAUUUGAUGAAGUCCAAAGAUCAGGGAAUAUGAUCCUGUCCACAGAUAAGAACAUAGAUGAUGAUGAUUCUGUGGACGGGGGGCGCUCUUCCUCAUCCUCUAAGGGAGCGGCAGCAGUGCGGCGAACAGGAUCCAUGCAUCGGCCAAGCUCCGCCUCCAGCACCAAGAGCACAGGAAAAGAGGGCUCGGGUGCCGGUGCGGUGGACGAAGAAGACUUCAUCCGCGCCUUCGAGGAUGUUCCCGCUGUACAGAUUUACUCUAGCCGAGAGCUCGAGGACUCCAUGACUAAGAUCCGAGAGGUCUUGGCAGAUGACAAACACGACUGGGAGCAGAGAGUGUCCGCGCUGAAGAAGGUGCGCUCGCUGUUGCUGGCCGGCGCGGUGGACCAUGAGCCCUUUCAGCAGCAGCUGCGGCAGCUGGAGCCAGCCUUCAAGCUGUCAGCUAAGGACCUGCGCUCGCAGGUGGUCCGCGAAGCCUGCAUCACCCUGGGGCAUUUGUCGUCUGUGCUGGGGAACAAGUUUGACCAUGGCGCUGAGACUGUCAUGCCUACCCUGCUUAACCUAGUCCCCAACAGUGCGAAAGUCAUGGCCACGUCUGGUGUUGCAGCCAUUCGCCUUAUUAUACGUCACACACACUACCCACGACUCAUCCCCAUCAUGACCAGCAACUGCACGUCCAAGUCCGUGGCUGUGCGACGGCGCUGUUACGAGUUUUUAGACCUUUUGCUUCAGGAGUGGCAGACGAGUUCCCUGGAGAGGCAUGUGGCUGUUCUAAUGGAGACCAUCAAGAAAGGAGUCCAUGAUGCAGACUCAGAAGCCAGAUCUGUUGCCAGAAAGUGUUACUGGGGUUUCCAUGGCCACUUCAGUAAGGAGGCGGAGCAACUGUUCCAGGCUCUUGAGCUGACCUAUCAGAAGGCGCUGCAGUCACAUCUGAAGAGCUCCGACAGUAUUAUGUCUCUCCCCCAAUCUGACCGCUCCUCUUCCAGCUCCCAGGAGAGCCUUAAUAGGCCACUGCCUGCUAAAGCCUCCGUGGGAAGCAGUGCAACUAGAACUAAGGUGGUUAGUACUCGAGUGUCAUCCACGCCUGGCGGGCUGCAGCGGUCGCGCAGCGACGUUGACGUCAAUGCCGCGGCCAGUGCCAAAUCCCGAAUGUCCGCUGUGCCUGCUGCUGCCCCCUUCAGCUCGGUAGCGGCGCUGCCGCCUGGCUCCUACGCUUCGCUGGAUGCAACUCCUGGUAAUGUGGAGGGUCGUGUGCGCACCCGGAGACAGAGUUCAGCCAGCAGCGCUGGAGGCAGAGCCUCUGUUACAGACAGUAGGGGGCGGAGCCGAGCCAAAGUGGUCUCUCAGUCACAACGAUCCAGGUCUGCUAAUCCAACGGGUGGUAAGACUCACGCUGGGAGUCGCUCCAGCUCUCCCGGGAAGCUAAUUGGUCAGUCAUAUGGAAAAAUCUCUCGUGCCACCGGCACAGUGACGCCCUCCGAGAAGCGUAGCAAGAUCCCACGGAGCCAGGGCUGCAGCCGCGAGACCAGCCCCAGCCGCAUGGGCCAGGUGCGGGGUAGUCGUAUCCCGCGGCCUAGUAUGAGUCAGGGCUGCAGUCGUGACACAAGCAGGGAGAGCAGCAGAGAUACCAGCCCCGCACGGGGCUUCACCCCCCUUGCGUCCCGGCGCCACUCUCGGUCUACCAGUGCCCUGACAGCGGGCGACACUCUGCAGACAGAUCGUUUUGGCCUUAUCCAUCAGGCGCGUAUCUCUGCCUCGGUCAACGCUAUGCGCAUCCUCAACACGGGCUUGGAGGUAGAGGCAGCUGUGGCUGAUGCCCUGCUUUUAGGAGACUCCAGGAAUAAGCGGAGGCCCGUGCGACGGCGCUACGAGUCCCCCGGCAUGUACUCUGAUGACGACGCCAACAGCGACGCGUCCAGCGCCUGCUCAGAGCGGUCCUACAGCUCGCGGAACGGCGGCGUCCCCCACUACUUGCGGCAGACGGAGGAUGUGGCCGAGGUGCUGAACCACUGUGCCAGCUCCAACUGGUCCGAGCGCAAAGAAGGUCUCCUGGGCCUCCAGAACCUUCUCACGAGCCAAAGAAUCCUCAGUCGUGUGGAACUCAAAAGGUUGUGUGAGAUUUUCACCAGGAUGUUUGCAGAUCCUCACAGUAAGAGAGUGUUCAGCAUGUUCCUGGAGACGCUGGUGGACUUCGUCACGCUGCACAGGGAGGAGCUUCAGGACUGGCUCUUCGUGCUGCUCACGCAGCUGCUGAAGAAGAUGGGUGCCGACCUGCUGGGCUCCGUGCAGGCCAAAGUGCAGAAAGCGCUGGACGUCACCAGGGAUUCUUUUCCAUACGAUCAACAGUUCAACAUUCUCAUGCGCUUUAUUGUCGAUCAGACCCAGACCCCAAACCUCAAGGUGAAGGUGGCCAUUCUGAAGUACAUCGAGUCCUUGGCGAGGCAGAUGGAUCCCAGCGAUUUUGUGAACUCCAGCGAGACGCGCCUGGCCGUCUCCCGCAUCAUCACCUGGACGACGGAACCCAAGAGUUCGGAUGUCAGAAAGACCCUGCAUAGCUGGGUGGGUGAGGAGCUGUCAGGCAGACUCAUGUUACUGGCCUCCCUGCCCGCCGAGGGCAACCUGGAGGAGAAGUGUAAGCAGGCCGCUCAGACCGUGCUGAUCUCCCUCUUUGAGCUGAACACUCCGGAGUUCACCAUGCUGCUGGGGGCCCUGCCCAAGACCUUCCAGGAUGGUGCCAGCAAGCUCCUGCACCACCACCUGAGGAACUCCAGCAACACCUCCGCCACGGGUUCACCCAGCAAUACGGUGGGGCGCACCCCCCCCAGACUCUCCAGUAACCGCUCCAGUCCUCUGACAUCACCCACAAACUGCUCGUAUGGGGGCCUCUCUCCCAGUCGUUUGUGGGGCUGGAGCUCCAAACCGUGUCCCUUCACCCCCCCUCCCCCCGGUCCCUCCGCCCCCUCUCUGCGGGCGCUGCGGCGGGCCUACUCGCCCAGCAUGCUGGAGUUCGACACGGAGAACCUGAACUCGGAGGAGAUCUACAGUUCCCUCAGAGGAGUGACUGAAGCCAUCCAGAAUUUCAGCUUCCGGAGUCAGGAGGACGCCUACGAACCAAUCAAACGCGACGACAAGAAGGAAGACGCGUGUGGUGUGGCAUCCUCCACCGUGGAACCCCGUGUUGCUGCGGAUGCAGUGGAGAGCAGCCGAACAGCCCUGGACAAUAAGACGUCGCUGCUGAACACACCGUCACCCCGGGCAUUCCUGGGGCCACGGGCACGUGACUACAACCCCUACAACUAUGCUGACUCCAUCAGCACCUAUGACAAGGCUGCCCUGAGGGAGCCCACGUUCGACGGCGAAGGGGAGCAGUUCCGCGAUGGUCGUCGACAAGAUUUUGGUGAAAAUAAAAUAAUGCAUCCCAAAAGUUAUUCUGCAGGCCCUACCCAGCAUGUGGAGCUGGUUGGUGACCUGCUGAAGGAGCUGUCCAAUCACAGCGAGCGCGUGGAUGAGAGGCGGGCAGCCCUGCUGGAGUUGCUGAAGGUUACCCGUGACGAUAGUGUGGCUGUGUGGGAGGAGCAUUUUAAAACAAUGCUGCUGUUGCUGCUGGAGACGCUGGGGGAUAAGGAUCACACGAUCCGGGCACUGGCCCUGCGCGUGCUGAAGGAGAUCCUCCGCAGUCAGCCGGCGCGCUUCAAGAACUACGCGGAGCUCACCAUCAUGAAAACGCUGGAGGCACACAGGGACUCGCACAAAGAGGUGGUGCGUGCCGCGGAGGAAGCGGCCUCCACCCUGGCCAGCUCCAUACACCCGGAGCAGUGCAUCAAGGUGCUGUGUCCCAUCGUGCAGACCGCCGACUACCCUAUCGACCUGGCGGCCAUUAAAAUGCAGACCAAGGUCAUUGAGCGCAUCCCCCAGGAUUCCCUGCGCCAGCUGAUGCCUGACAUCAUCCCUGGCCUGCUGCAGGGCUAUGAUAACACUGAGAGCAGUGUGCGGAAGGCCAGCGUGUUCUGCCUGGUAGCAAUCUAUUCAGUGAUUGGGGAAGAGUUAAAACCACAUCUUGCACAACUUACCGGCAGCAAGAUGAAACUGCUGAACCUGUACAUCAAGAGAGCUCAAACCACCAAUAGCAACAGCAGUAGCUCCUCUGACAUUUCCUCCCACAGCUAAAUCAAGCAAUCAUCCGGUCCAGACCCAAGCCAAUCAUAGCCUCGCUCCCCUUCUGGUCCAGUCCCAACGAAAAAUCUCGGCUCUCUGGGUUCCUGUCGAAGCAACUGCACUUCCACUGAGGUGUCCUUUCGGCUUAGGUGCCGGUUUUUGAAUCGUUCACUCCCACCGGAGCCACUGAUGUGUGCAAGAGUGGUGGUGCACUUGCAUGUGUGACAGCUCAGAAAUCCAGACGGUCCACUGCAGUGUAAGUGGAUUAUGAGACCCGUAUUUAAACGCAGGAGUGAAGGAAAGAUUCUGUCUUUGUGUCCACGAGCCAGUGGGACUGAACAGGAGUGGUCAGCUGUGUCUGUGUACCCAUGACAUUAAGAGAGUGUGUGCGGUUGUGGGUGUGCAUGUGUGGUGCCGUCCAUGCAGGAGAGCAGGCGUGUCUCAGUCCUGCCAGCCUUUGUGGCUGUAUUCCCCAACACAGUGAUCUGUUGUGACUGUUUGUCCCUUGCAAUAAGUGUAUCCCUCUCUUUAACACAUCAUUCCUUCAGUGCAGUGGCAGAACUGUUUUCUAAUCUCAUUUUUGUCACACUUAGGAGCAGAUUUACUGUAGUUUCUCAUGUAUAUUAAAAUCAACCGCAAAUACAAUUCAAGUAACUAGAUCACUUAAGAUUGUUCAAGAUUGGCUGAAGAAAACAUUCUGUCCAAUGACCUGCUGUGUUACUGUUAGCUUGUAUUGGCUGCUUCACUAAUUUAGGCCUUUUUUAGUGAAUGUAAGGACUUGUGACUGGUGGGUAUUUAUUCCCUCUGUAGUGAUGGACAUCUUUAACACUGCUCCCUCAGACUUCUGGAACGUUCUCUUUGUGCAUGUUAAGUAUUAGGGAUUACAGAAAAAACUUUUUGUAGGGGCAUUCAAAACUAUAUAUGCAAAAACAAAGAUUGUAUUUGUACAGUGUUUCAUUUUGCCCAGUGGGAACACACACACAAAAAAAAAAUGAAGGGUGAAUUUAUUCCUCAUUUUAGUAUGUAAAAAUUUGUAUAGAAGAUUUCUUUAAGUAUCUCCCAUUCCACCUUUGGUUUGGCUUGACGAUCAUUUGGCUGGUCCAGUGACUUACCUGACAAGGUCUCUUUAGAAUGAAAUACUACAAAAUUUAGGGGAGGAUAAAAAUACUUUUAAUUGCCUUUAGCUUUGAAGACCAAAAAAGUUAUUUUAACCGACCAGGAUAUCAGUAACUAAUUUGAAGGCUCAAAGACAGCACAGCUACUUCUGUCAGUUCUCAAGCUCAAAAUACUACAAACUAAAAGACUUUUGUCUGAACAGACUCCAAUAUAUGUUCUGUGGAAUCCUAAAGUUUUUAGAGCAAUAACGCAAAUGAUCCAAAUUGGAUUUACUGUUAGUCAAACCACUGUUAAAAUCCAAUUUUAUGGUUUCCAGAAGGUGAGUGCCUACAUGCUCUUUUACCGUGCUCCCUCACUUGGUUUUAAAUCAUCUCUGAAUCGAACCGUGGCUCUGUGUUGUCCUAUAUGCUGUGGAGGAAUGUUGACAGUACAUUUAUUUUCUUUUGUUUGACUUGUCGGGCCUUCCAUAGUUCUGGUGACCAAACAUUACUGAAUUGGUACUCUUCUGAAACGGGAAGGUGCCUCAGUGGUUUUCGAGUUGACUGGAGACGGGAAGUGUCUGGAGCGCUCUAGUAUCCAGCGUGGAGCCUGGUCUUCCCAAUGCAUUCCGUGUGUUAGGACAAAGAUAGGCAAGUCUGUGGUAUACUGUGCAAAAAAUAAAAUAAAAAAAACAACUAAAAUUUGCUGAAGGAGAUAUGGCCUAUCUUUUUGUAUCAGUAGCAAACUCGAUGGGUGAAAAGCAUGAAGAUACUAAGACUCAGAAGAAAAAGAGAAGAGAAAGCAUUAAGAUGACUUAUUUUAAGGUUUUAUAGUACUGAAGAGGUUCUCCUGCAUGCCAGUGAAUGCAUGCAUAUUUAACGCUCACUAACAACAUCUGUAAAACUUGCGUUUCCUUCUACCGUUACCACGGUGCGUUAAUUACUAAGCUUCCUACACUAUGCGACACUAAUAUGAGCUUACUUCAGAUGAAUAGGUAAUAAGACACCGGGUUGUGUGUGUACUGUAGAUGUUUACACGUACACUUCUUGCAUAGGGCGCUAUUUGCAGACUUGUUAGGGUCCCUAGUUUUGCUAGGUUUCCUAGGUCCCAGCUGUUCCCAGUGUGUGGAGGGGCUGAGUGCGAUGCACACUAUCUACCUUAUCUUCCUGUUCACUAGUAAUAAUGUCAGGCACCACUUUGUCCACAUGAGCUGCAAAUGAAGUUCUUUACUUUGUGUGUGCAUAAGAAAGAGAGAGAGAGUAUGUGUGGGUGUGUGUGUGUGUUUGUGUGUGUGUGUCUUAUUGUCUUUCUGUCUGUUUAAGGGAAAAGCCAGUGUUUCACGGAGGACUGUUACAAUGGCAGCCAGUACAAUGCUCUCUCGCUUUUGCUGAUGUAUUGAAAUAUUAGACAAUACCACCUAUCGCUUACUGCGUAUGCCUUUUGUUUAGCUGCUCUUAUUUAAUAUCCAUAUCUGUAUUUAUAUUUUUGCUUUAUUUUGCGUGCUCCACAGUGACUGUACAUAAGACCUGUUUUUGUUAACUUCCACCUGUGAUAGAAUUUGCAAUCUGUAAACUUUAUUUGCUCUAGAUAAACAAAACCUCUGAAUUUUCCACCUGCCAGACCUUGACUCUUUCCUAAAGUGAUGUUUUGUUCAAGUUCUGAUGUACUGUACAUAAUAUACAAUAUUGCAUAAUAUAA